CACGCCCGUCUCCGUCUCUAGGACACCGCUACUCACGUUUAGAAAGUGUUCAGAAUACCCACGGCCUUCGGAUAAACACAACUUUUCUAUCCACUUAGUGUGCGAGUGAUAUAAGGACAACGUCACAUAUUCCUUUCUGCCAUGGAUUCGAGUAGCAAGUGCAUCUUGCCCGCCGAGGACGAGAGUGCUGAGGGGACGCCCACAUAUGCCACUCACAGAGAGAGCGUGGGAAACACGUCAGUCGGUGAUACUGAUCAAGUCACAAAGGACGACAAUUCCGCUGACAAAAAAACAGCCGAUGAACAAGAACUUUCUUCUGGCAAAAAAUCCAUUCAAGCCACAGAUAAUCCACCGAACGCCACACGCUUCAGCGGCAAUGGUGUCGGUCGGAAAAGAGACGGUGUUCGUAAGCCCAGCCUGAGGUUCAAAGCAAUGCGAGAGCAGAGCACAGGAGGAAGUGAGCGCCUCACCAAGAGAGAAUCACUGACCACCUUUGUCCUGCCAUCAGCUGCUGAGUCUUCCCAGAGCAGGAAGGAUUCCUCCAGCAGCAUUCUUUUUUCUCACGACCGCCAGUCCAGAAGAGUCAGAAGGAAACCUUCCCUCAUGAGCCUCACGACUUCACAGUCCUCAGAGCCUGGCAUAACACGUCAGUUUACUCAGUUUGAUGAAACUUCCCUCAGCUCAACGCUGAUGAAGCGUGACUCCAUUGCGAGUUGUACCUCUGUACAAGGGACGAUCCUGAAGCCUUCCAUCAUGGCCCAGGGAGAGAUGUUCUCCAAGUGUAAUAAACAGAAGCAAUGGCUCAUGGCCAUCCACGCCUCUGAUCCUGACGAGACGCUGCCCAUGCUGACGAAACCAGUCUUUUUGAUCAACGAUGGAGGCAAAAUAACGAAGCAGACGGUGUCGUCAUGGGUGAAGGAGAACCUGCUGCUGGUGAUGACCAUCCUGGGCGUGGUGCUCGGCGUGCUGGCCGGAGCCUUCGCCCGCACCCUCGAGUACUCCUCCCAAACCGUCAUGCUCGUCUCCUUCCCCGGCGAGAUAAUGAUGAGGAUGCUGAAGAUGCUGAUCCUUCCCUUGAUCAUCUCGUCUAUUAUCACAGGUGUGGCCCAGCUGGACGCCACAGCCUCAGGGCAGAUGGGAUCCCGAGCUCUGGCGUACUAUUUCGGCACCACCAUCUGCGCUGCGAUAACAGGCAUCAUGUGUGUCGUGACCAUCCACCCGGGCAGUCCGACGCUCCUCAAACACACGAUGGAGGAGACGCCGGAUAUUCUCAAAGAUGGCAGCAAGGUCACCACCAUGGACGCCUUCCUUGACAUUAUAAGAAACAUGUUCCCGGACAACCUGGUGAUGGCAAGCUUCUCCUCCACCAAGACAGUGUACAAGGAGGUACACGUCGCUCCAAAGGUGAACGAGACCCUGGAGCUUCUGAACGACACCAUGCGAUCUCUACUCAAUGACACAACACUCAAUGACACCUCACCGCAGACCAAAUACGAGCGCUCCCUCACAAGCUCCGAGGGGACCAAUGUCAUGGGAAUGAUCGUGUUCUGCGUGGCGUUCGGGUCACUCAUCGGUCGAAUGCCACAGGGAAAGUUGAUGGUCGAUUUCUUCAUCAUCCUAAACGACGUAGUGAUGAAGAUGGUGGAGCUUAUCAUGUGGUACUCUCCCUUCGGCAUCAUGAGUCUGGUGAUCGGCCAAAUCAUGAGCAUCGAGGACCUGCGGGAGACAGCCCAGAUGCUCGGCCUGUACAUGCUGACGGUGAUCGCUGGCCUCUUCGUGCACGCCACGUUCACGCUGCCAUUCAUGUACUUCAUGGUGACCCGCAAGAACCCUGCCACGUUCUUUAAGGGCAUGGUGCAGGCCUGGAUCACCGCGCUUGGGACAGGAUCCAGCUCCGCCACGCUACCCAUCACCUUCCGCUGCCUGGAAGAAAACAAUAAGAUUGACAAGCGAGUGACGCGGUUCGUGCUGCCUGUGGGCGCCACCAUAAACAUGGACGGCACGGCGCUGUACGAGGCGGUUGGCUCCAUCUUCAUUGCCCAGAUGUACGGUAUCCACCUGGGCCCCGGGGAGCUGGUGACUGUCAGCCUCACCUCCACCCUGGCCAGCAUCGGCGCCGCCAGCAUCCCCAGCGCCGGCCUAGUCACCAUGCUGCUCGUGCUCACCGCCAUCGGCCUGCCCACUGAGCACGUGUCACUUAUCUUCGCCGUAGACUGGAUCCUGGACCGCGUUCGUACCUCCAUCAACGUGCUCGGAGACGCCUUUGGGGCUGGAAUCGUGAUGCAUCUCUGCCGGGAGGAGCUGGAGCGUAUGGGUCCCGCCCAGCCUUCCAUCGAGAUGCUGGACCGGGUUGAGUCAGGACUCCUUCCUCCCCACACGCCGGUGGCUGUGUCGCCGCAGCCUCCAGUGUCUCCCUCUCAGACCUCGCAGAAGGAUCUUGUAGCCAUGACGGAGAAGGGCAACGGACAACUGUGCUGGGGAAGUAACCCAGACAAAGGAACUAAUUCCGAAACGCAGAUCUGAGCAACAGAGAGCGGCGCGCCUCACCCGCCGGCACCAAGGGAGUAGACACCUAUGAUCUCAUGUACAUGUACAUAGCUACACGUCAGGCUCUCAGUGGAGCCUGGCGAUGAGUAUUAAUGGAUCUGGAACUCAGCUGAAACACCACGCACACACACACACACACACACACACACACACACACACACACACACACACACACACACACACACACACACACACACACACACACGAACA